AUGCCCCAUUUAAAAAGCGCCGCUCCAAGUAUAUGGCUGAGACAACACCAGCACCACCAGACCACCUGCUUUGUCCGCUGUCACCCAUUACACGCCACUCCAGAAGACUCCCUCCACCCGCUGCUCCACACCCGCUGUGGUUCCCUGCUGCCCAAUGGUGUGGUCUACUCACCAUGCCCUCCCUUCCUGCCAGCCGCUGCAACACACCAUUGCAGUUUUGAAAACAUAUCAUCCCCUGAGGCAUCUCCUGUUCACAGGCCAGAGUCCAUCUCACCUGAGCCAUGUCUUCAGACAGACUUUGAAGUCCCUCGGCCUCAGUUCCCCGACCUGUCACUCCCCUCGAGCCUGGAGAGCCCUAUGGCCAUGACCUCAGAUGACUUUUCCCUUCCUGGAUGUCCUUCAGGCCCAGAUUCCCUAGGUCCAUCAUCUGUGGGAACCAGUUCUCUAAAUCCAGUGUCCUGUCCUUCAUCAGACCUGAACCCCCCAAACAGGGAGCAGGCCUUCAGGACAGAGUUCAACCUCAUAUACACCUGCUCACCCCUCAAUGCAAACUUGGGGAACCCUGUGGCCACUGACUGCCGCCAAUCCCAGUCAGAAGGAGGCUUCUCCCCUGCAGAGUCCUUCCACAGUUCCAUAAGUGGCCAGGGGCUAAUGGGAGAUAUUGGUCCGGGUUCCAUGUCACCCUAUGGGGAGCCUCAUUAUGGGGAAGGCUAUCCAGACAGUGGCACACCUCCUCACACCAGCAACCCACCACAAAAGAGGAAGAGGGCCAACCAGCAUACCAUUAGUCUGCUGACAGGGAAGCCAGAUUACCAGGCUAUAGCUGUAAGAAGCGAAUACAAGCCAGUACAAAAUAUGGUGUCUUUGCUGGAGUACCGUAAAAGGAAGCAGAGCAGUGGUCGUGACUCUGAGCCAACCGGCAGCAGCUCCUCUCUGGGCAGCAACCCUACCCGUGUCUCCCACUACAGCCAGGACUCCCAUCAUCCCCACUCCCAUCAGCAGAUGCAACCCCUGGCCUCCUCACACAGCUCCUUCUCUUCCUCAGCACACACCAACCCUGUCCCACAGAUAGAGGAGGUCAGUCCUCCAGACCAGCAGGGCUUGCAGUCAAGAUGCCAGGACAACAACAACCAGUGGAUGGUUCCCACUACUGUUGAACGUCUAAGGGAAGGCCAGGGUGUUUUGGAGCGAGUGCUAAGAAGCAUCAAGAUGGAGCGUCUUUACAAGAGGAGUGAUGGCUCUACAGAGAAGGAAUUUGACGCGGAUCGAUAUGAGAUGCAGGCAACAUCCGUGCCGUCUCCCAUUAAGAGUCCACACAGAUACAGUCCUUCUGUGUACUCAAACCAGUCAUCAGAAAGCCACCGGCAGACCAACAGCCCAUCGUUCCGCCAACAACCCUCCAACUCUCCAUUCCGGGGUUCCUAUAGUCCCUCUUCAGGCCAGAGCCUCUACACACGCCACUCCUCCCACCCUGGACUACCCCAGGACCACCCUCCAUCCUCCUACUCCAGUCACUCCCCCACCACCGCCUCAUCCUCAGACUCCAGGCCACCAGCAGGGUCUCUACACCAGCAGAGUGGCAGCAGUAACGUGGACAGAGGCCACAGCUACAGCAGCAGCCACUUAAAAGCGAACCUUUUGAAUAGUAGUGGCCUGGCAGGGGCUCCAACCCCGGUAUCCAGGGCCCAUGGGCAGACUAAAAUAGACUCGGGUGCCCUGGCAUCCAGAGGAAGUCAGCAACAAGUAUCUCACAGCCUGAAGUCGGCCAGCCCAGGCCAGGCAACGCUGCAGGCCAGCUCCAGGCUGCUGUCGGCCUCUGGACCGACACACUACCCACAGCGAGGGACAAGCAUCAGCCAGUUCCAGCACUCCCCCUUACAGGGACCCGGAGAAAAAAAUGACUACAUUCUGCACAAAGCUAAUCACUGACUUUGAACAUCAUUAUGGAAUCAGUGGAAAAAGAUUAUUUGGAAGACACAUUCACAAAAAAACAAGAAAUCAUAUGUAACUUGAAAUUGUCCCCAGUGUUUCCUGAUGUGCUGGACUGUGCAAACAGGCUCUAUAACGUCAGAAAGUAAAAACUUCCACAUGUCUGUACAAAGUUAUAAAAAGCUGUACCUGUCAUCAUGGUUUCCAGGUUGGGAUUUAUAUUUACACACACACACACACACACACACACACACACACACAUACAUAUAUAUAUAUAUAUGUGUGUGUGUGUGCCUGUGUGUGUGUAUAUAUGUGUGUAUAUAUAUAUAUAUAUACACACACACAUAUGAGUCUGUGCUGCAGUGAAUAAGUAUUUGAAUGGAAAUGAUGCCAGCAAAGGUGUGACAUAUUAAUCAUCCGUUCUAAAGAUGUAAUACACAGAUGGGGCGCAGGGGCUUUUCCUUUUAUAGGGUCAUUCCAUGAUUGCCAGCCUCUGUGUUCUCUCACUAAACAUGAAAACAGCCUUUUUUUUUUCCCCUCAAGGUUCUCUGUCUGUUCUGUUUUUGGUUCUCUUCUGUUCUCUCAUCCCCACUGGACUGUUUUGAUUUUACUUUAGGACUACUUCAUCGUAGACUGUACUUGUACUUGAGACAUACAGGUCUUAUGGUUCAUGGUGCUGCAUUCUUGUUUUCUUUUUUUUUUUUCUCCAAUAAAUUUGAAAUCCAGUUAUGUUCCCCACAUAUGACUGCAUUCAUCUUGUCAUUAUAUCAGUUCAAAUCAGUUUUAUUUUUCCUCCAAAUUCAUACUGAUCAUAUAUUAUAUUGAUGGAAUGCAGGAACAAAAUUAAGGGGUGAAUAAUCCAACUUUAUUCUAAAAUGUUAGGGUUGACUGUUUUUAUCCUGCAGGAUCUCUUUAAAUAUAUAGAUAUGUUUUUUUUUCUGACCAAUCCAUUACAUUCCGCGUGACACCAAGGAAAACUGGGCAAAGAAUUCUCUGAGGGAAUGUUUGGAUUGUUUAUAAAAACCUAGGUAAAAAAGCUGCUAUGUUCUCCUGUGAGAGCUGCUUCCCCUUCCACAGAUUGCUGUAUUUUUAUUAUUCCUUGUAACUCUGAUCCUUACAAACUGACUUGUAAGAAAAAGAUGGUACUCCUGGCCCCUGCAGUGGGACUUCAAACCGACAUUAAACUGACAGCUGGGCAGCAGUAGGAGUUGCUCUCCCUCCUCCAAAACUUUUUUUGGACCGGAUGUGGAAAAUCACUGCGCUUAUGUGGAAGACUUCAAAGGACCAAGGGCCCAGUCAUAUGACUGGACCCCACCUGCCACUACACCAACCACCCCUUCCCCCUCAAGUCCACCAAUACACAGAAGGGUACUCAUGUUACAUGAAUGUUUGACAGAUUAAAAAAACAAGUUGUGACCCAAAAUUAACCAGCACCUUAAAAUGAAAGAGAUACACCCUAAGACACAAUAGGACAAUAUGUAUGAUUGUGUUAACUUGUAUAGAAAGAAAUGUGAUAUAGACUUGUAUGGAGAAAAUGUAGUACACUGAUUUUAUCGCAUGAUAUUUGUUUUUAGGGUCUGAGUGACCAACUUUGUCAAUGGUUGGAAGCCAAUCGUUGGGUCUUUUCCUGAGUUCCUCCAAAAACCAGACACUGCAUUCUUUUUGUUUUGUUUUGUAAAGAUCAUUCUGUUGGUUGUGUUUUAUUUUUACACAGAUCAUAGUAGUAACUAUUUCAAUUGUUCCCCUUCAAAAUGAUUUAAGAAGCAGGAGAUGUAAUGCCUUUUGAUAAUAAAAUAAUCAUGAUGGUAAUGUA